AUGGUAACUGUUUCAUCUAUUUCAACAUUAGGCCAGCUAGAAAUAUUGAACAAAUCAAAUAUUCCUUUUCGGCCUGUUCAACUCUUCAUUGCUAAUGCUAUCCCAUUCUUUGUCUCUUCCUCCAACACAUUUAUGUCGUCCCCAACAGAGUUCUGCAUUGCAACCUUUCCAUUUCCAUUAGUAUUUGUUCACACCGAGUUCACAUUGCUUCUUUUCAUAAGACGGCUUCUUGGGAUGAAGUUCCCUCUUGGCUCAACCUUGCCGGCAAUGAUUUCGGAAACUCUGAAAUUCCAUCUGAGUUUGCGGUGUCUUCCAUCAUCAGCAUUUAACCUCACCAGCCUUACUUUCAUGGACUUCUCUGGGAAUUUCCCUCAGGGUACCCUUUCCAACAACAUAAGUGGACUUUCGUAUCUUGACUUAUAUGCAAACUUGCUUAAUGGUAGAGUACCAGGUUGGUUGUUUAGUCUACCGUCUUUGGAGUAUCUAGACCUCAGCUCUAACAAAUUUAGUGGUCCCAUUGACACAAUUCCAAGUUCUUUCUUUGACUUCAUGAACCUUACUUUUCUUGACCUUUCAUCUAAUAACUUGAGUGGAAAUAUCAAGUCAUGCAUGCUUGUGAAGCUUAGGAAUCUAAGGGAAGCAUCUGUUUAUUCCGGACCUUCGCUCCAAUUCACUUCAAGGACCACUUACAACUCCACCACACAGGAACUGAGUUAUUUCUUAAUCUCAAACAGUGAGUUAGUUGGAGAAAUCUCUUCCAAGAGUUGCAAUCUGAGUUUUCUUCUUUCUGUACUUGACUUGUCUAAGAACAAGUUGGGUGGAACUAUUCCAGAUUGUUUUGGGACUUUUAGCGACCAGCUCUCAUUGAUUGUUUUGAGAACAAUAGCAGGUAAUAUCCCACCAUCACUUGGAAAAUUGGCAGCACUUGAAUCCUUGGAUCUCUCGUCAAACAAGCUUCAAGGAAGAAUCCCAGUGCAGUUAACUGACUUGACAUUUUCUCAUAACAAUCUUGAGGGGCAUAUACCGUUAGCUAAUCAUUUCGAUACUUUCUCAAAUGAUUCCUUCGAUGGCAACUCCGGACUAAGUGGAUUUCCAUUGUCAAAGAAAUGUGGCAACGAUCAGGAGCCAGAAUCACCUCCAUCAACAGUUGCUGAUGAAUCUGAAACAACACUUACUUGGAAAAUUCCAGCAAUGGGUUAUGGAAGUAGAGUAGUGCUUGGAUUGAGUAUGGGAUACGUAGUUUUCACAACUGAGAGACCUCGUUGGCUAGUGAAGAUGAUCAAGCGAAACCCACAAAAGAGAAGAAGGAUCCAUUGA